AUGCAGUCGAAGAUUUUCGGAUGGCUGAGCUGCCACUCCUCGUCAUCGGGCAUGGAUGAGAACAAAUCGACGACGAUCAAAGGCGCCGCACAAGAAGGAUGCAUCUUUUGUCCUCCCAAUCUCACACCCGACUCGCCCAAAUUCAGAGUGGUGCACACUUCGGAUCAAUUCAUCGCCUUUCACGAUCGAUCGUGAGUUAGCGGAGCAGUGCCAAGCGAUGCAGAGUUUCGAAUUUCUUCAUUUGGUGUGUCGGGGGUUGACGCGCGCAUUGUUCGUGCGGGCGCUGAUGUGAUGAUGUCUGUUGUUGGUGUUGUUGCGCACUUGGAUGCAGCCCGGCAGCCGCCAUUCACCUCUUGGCUGUACCUCGACAGCACAUUGACGAUGUGACGGUGCUGAUGGGGGAAGAGGGAGCAAAGCUGAGUGCGUUCAUCGCCCAUCGUUAGCAGAUGACAACAUCAUCGGCCUUGCAAUUCUGACUCGAUUGACCAAACCGCUUCACUGCAACCACCAACGUCAGUUCUGGAUCUGCAAGUGUUCGGUAACGAAGCCAUCGAUCUUGUCGAGUCAGAGCGGACUCCCUCGCGCGACAAGCUGACCACCACCACCACCACCACCACCACCACCACCAGCAGCAGCAGCAGAAGCACGCCGCGCCCCUCAUCAGAUGCAGAAAGAAGAUUCGGUUUUCACAUUCCGCCCUUUAGAAGCGUGUCUCACCUGCAUCUGCACUGCCAAGUCUUGCCCUACAAUUCGCCCAUGUUGGCGCUGAAAUACCGCAUCAGUGGUGAUGCCAAUGCUGCACGAAAAGGUUGGGGCUGGUUCGUCACAGCUGCUCAAGCUGCCGGCAUCAUCCAAGCCGGUCACAAAGUCACCGUCAGACCGUGCGGAGAUUCUCAAAAAGCCAGCCAUACGUACUCCAGCCUCGCAUAA